GUUCUUAUUUUCUUAUAGAUUGCUGAGCAAAACAAAGUACUAUUAACAGAAGCAAAAGAGCUUCUUAGAAGUAAAGCUGAGAAACUAAAGGUCGAGGGCAGCCCAGGUGCCCACUUUCUCUCUCUCUUCACAAGGCACCACCAGCACUAGAGAUGAGAAAUUCGGAAGAGCAGCCAAGUGGAGGAGCCACAGUCCUGCAACGGCUUCUGCAAGAGCAGCUUCGCUAUGGCAAUCCCAAUGACAAUCGCAACCUGCUUGCCAUCCAUCAGCAGGCCACAGGCAGUGGCCCACCUUUCCCCAGUGGUGGUGGUGGCAAUUCGGGGCCACAGAGUGAUGUGUUGAGCACCCAAGACCACCACCAACAGCUUGUGGCUCACGCUGCUCGCCAGGAACCCCAGGGGCAGGAAAUCCAGUCCGAAAACCUCAUCAUGGAGAAGCAACUUUCCCCUCGGAUGCAGAAUAAUGAAGAACUCCCCACCUAUGAAGAAGCCAAGGUUCAGUCCCAGUAUUUUCGGGGCCAACAGCACGCCAAUGUUGGGGCCGCCUUCUAUGUCACUGGAGUCACAAACCAGAAGAUGAGGACUGAGGGGCGCCCAUCCAUUCAAAGACUCAAUCCGGGGAAGAUGCACCAAGAUGAAGGCCUCAAAGAUCUGAAGCAAGGUCAUGUCCGCUCCUUGAGUGAGCGUCUCAUGCAGAUGUCAUUGGCCACCAGUGGCGUCAAGGCCCACCCGCCUGUCACCAGCACUCCCCUCUCCCCGCCACCACCCAAUGACCUUUACAAGAACCCCACAAGUUCCAGUGACUUCUACAAGACCACCCAAGGGCCACCUCCCAGUCAGCAUACCCUGAAAGGCAUGGAACUCCGAGGCCCCCCACCAGAGUAUCCCUUCAAGGGCAUGUCACCCCAGUCUCUAGCGUACAAACCCCAAGAGCCAGGGCUGUUCUAUAGUGAGCAUCGUCUGAACCAGCCAGGCAGAACAGAGGGGCAGCUCAUGAGGUAUCAGCACCCCCCUGAGUAUGGAGCAGCCAGGGCGCAAGACAUCUCCUUGCCACUAUCAGCCAGGAGCUCGCAACCUCACAGCCCUACUUCUUCCCUCACUUCUGGGGGUUCCCUGCCCUUGCUACAAUCUCCACCAGCCACUAGAUUAUCUCCUGCCCAACAUCCAUUGGUCCCAACCCAAGGAGACCAUUCAGCUCACUUGUCCAGGCCUCAGCAGCAUCUCCUUCCUAAUCAGUCUCACCAGAGUGAUCUUUACCGCCUCACCCAGCCUGGACUGAGUCAGCAUCAGCAACAGCAGCAGCUACAACCACCACCAUCACAACCACCACAGCAGCAGCAGCAGCAGCAACAGCCAGGAGAAGCCUAUUCCGCUAUGCCCCGUGCUCAACAGUCUGCUUCUUACCAGCCAAUGCCAGCCGACCCUUUUGCCAUAGUUUCCCGGGCACAGCAGAUGGUGGAAAUCCUAUCAGAUGAGAACCGAAACUUGAGGCAGGAGUUGGAAGGCUGCUAUGAGAAGGUGGCCAGAUUGCAAAAGGUGGAGACAGAAAUCCAACGUGUGUCGGAGGCUUAUGAGAAUCUGGUGAAGUCAUCUUCGAAAAGAGAGACCCUGGAGAAAGCCAUGAGAAACAAGCUUGAGGGAGAGAUACGGAGGAUGCAUGACUUCAACAGGGACCUGAGAGAGCGUCUAGAGUCUGCCAACAAGCAACUUGCAGAAAAGGAAUAUGAGGGGUCAGAAGAUACAAGAAAAACCAUCUCUCAGCUGUUUGCAAAGAAUAAGGAAAGCCAGAGGGAGAAGGAGAAGCUUGAAGCCGAGCUGGCUACUGCCCGUUCGACCAAUGAAGACCAAAGGCGACACAUCGAAAUUCGUGACCAGGCCCUAAGCAACGCCCAAGCCAAGGUGGUCAAGCUGGAGGAAGAGCUAAAAAAGAAGCAAGUGUAUGUAGAUAAGGUUGAAAAGAUGCAACAAGCACUGGUUCAGCUGCAAACAGCAUGUGAAAAACGUGAACACCUAGAGCACCGUCUCCGGACCAGACUGGAGAGGGAACUGGAAUCUCUCAGAAUCCAGCAGCGCCAGGGCAAUACUCAACCCACUAACGUUUCUGAGUACAACGCGGCUGCCCUAAUGGAGCUCCUGCGUGAGAAGGAGGAGCGGAUCCUGGCCCUGGAAGCUGAUAUGACUAAGUGGGAACAGAAAUAUUUGGAGGAGAAUGUGAUGAGGCAUUUUGCAUUGGAUGCUGCUGCAACUGUGGCUGCUCAGAGGGACACUACAGUUAUCAGCCACUCUCCUAAUACCAGCUAUGACACAGCUCUGGAAGCUCGUAUCCAGAAAGAAGAGGAAGAAAUCUUGAUGGCAAACAAGCGGUGCCUUGACAUGGAAGGAAGAAUUAAGACCCUCCAUGCCCAGAUAAUUGAGAAGGACGCGAUGAUCAAAGUACUCCAGCAGCGUUCCAGAAAGGAGCCAAGUAAGACGGAGCAGCUGUCAUCCAUGCGGCCAGCAAAGUCUCUGAUGUCCAUUUCCAAUGCUGGAUCGGGGUUGCUCUCACAUGCCUCCACCCUGACGGGGACCCCAAUCAUGGAAGAAAAGCGGGAUGACAAGAGCUGGAAGGGAAGCCUGGGCAUUCUCCUGGGUGGAGACUACCGAAGUGAGUCGGUCCCUUCUGUCCCCUCGCCUGUGCUGUUCUCAGCUCACUCAAAGACAGGCAGCCGAGACUGCAGCACCCAGACAGACAGGGGCACGGAACCGGGCAAAGCUAUCACCCUGGCUGCAAUCUCUGUUCCUGCGCCCGUCGCCUCCGCUGCCACUGCUGCCACCAUCUCUGCUACCCCUGCCAGCAACACCAGCAUGGUGGCUGCUGCUCCAGCGGCCAUUGCUAUGCCACCCGCCACUGCCACCGUGGCCGCGCCAUCGCCAGCCGCUGCCGCCGCCGCUUUUGCUGCUGCUGUGGCUCCAGCGUCUGCCGCUGCUCCCAUGCCAGUUGCUGCCUCUGCUGCUGUGGCUCCUGCUCCUGUGGCCCCCGCUGCCUCGGCUGCUGUUCAGGGGGCUCCGGCUGCUCUGGCGCCAGUUCCAGCGCUAGCUUCAACCCCGGUUUCAUCUUUAGCGACACCUCAAGCUUCUGCUCUGACUGCGACUCAGGCAUCAGCUCCAGUUUCGACUGCGGCUGCUUCUCCAGCUCCAGCUGCAAAUGCAGCUGUGGCUCAGGCUGAGGCUUCUGCAGGUCCAGCUGCCGGAUGUGCACCGGGUCGUUUGUCUCUUCCAAGUUUGACCUGCAGCUCAGACAAGACAGAUGGCCCUGUUUUCCACGCCAGUACCCUGGAAAGAAAAGCUCCCCUUCAGAUUCUUGGACAAGAACCUGAUGCCGAAAUGGUGGAAUAUCUCAUCUGAAGGCCCUUGCCAAGAGCUGUGGUUUUAAAGCAAGAAUGAUUUUAAACAUGUGUCCCUUUUGGCUCUGAUUUUGAGGAUGAGAACAAGAGUGGGAGAGAUUUUUAAGAGACUUUUGAUGGAAACAAUAUUGUACUUAAAUAAUGUUCUCUGAACUCCAGUCUCUUCUAAAGACAUGAUAACCAGAAUAUGCUCUACAACUUAUUGUUGAGAUUUAUCUAGAUGCUCAAAUUCUUAAUCUCUUGGUAUAUAUACCAGUGUAUUUAAAGUGCUUAAAUUUGUUUAGCAUUUUCAUAUUCUGGCGCAUUUUGUUAAAAUUGAAGACCAUAGUACGUUUGGAAGAUGGUUUGUACAUGAAGUAGAGAGUAGGAAGGUGAAAAGGAAUUUAUGCAAGUGCUGUUCUGUAGAGUUACCAUUGAGACCAUAUCCAGAGAGAACGCUCCUUUAGGCUCAUGAAAGGAAAUAGUUUGGGGGAUCUGUGUAAGCUGGAGAAGAAAACAUAUUGUGUAUUUUGAGGUCUGGAAGCAUACUGGAGUUACUUUUCCCUCCCAACUUCCCAGCUGCCCUAUGCCAGAAAUUUAUAUUUUUCUUCAUUUCAGUGGUGCUUUGGAAGUGAAUUAUUUUGGUUCCCUCCUGCAGGUUCAUGCAUUCAUAUAUAUUCUCAGGAGAAGUUGAUGUCUUUGGACGAUUAAUAUAUUGUUCUUAGAUGUUAGGAGAGUAAAUUAGCUGAGUGAUAUGCAGCUUCCUCUCAUUUAAGGAGUUAGAUUGUCAGAGGCCUAAUUGGAUUCUUGCAUGAGGUGAUGUGGGCAGACUUUUGUGGUUGUUGUAUAGCGUGCUUGCCUUUCCUAACACCAACUGCUUUUUUUUAUCUUCUCCAGCAUACAUCUUACUGGCUGUGUCACCAGUUUCAAAAUACCAGUUAUUUCCAAAAUGAGAUAUUUUGGUUUUCAGAUUCACUGCUUUGAAUGUCUGGUGACUAAUUUGGAAUAACUCAUUUUCUUUUUCACCUUGUUAGCAUACACCUUAAAAGGCAUCUUUAACUGCCACCUCCAAGGGAAUAGAUAGUAGUAUCAGAAGUCCAAAUGGCUCUGCUAUAGUCGGGGGAGAGGUGGCUGCAGCAGAAUUCUUAGCUACCUCUUCUCACUGCUAGUGAAUUCAUUUUUGGAA